CGGCCGUUUUCCGCACUAUUGAGGAAGUCAGCAGCAGCAGCCUUUUCGCUUUUUCAUUUCAAAUUUCAAAUUUUAAAUCUUUUCUUCUUCGCAGUUGACGACGAGACGACCGCAUAAUCCCGGCGAGAGAGAAACCGGACGAGGAGAGAUUCCUAGGAUUUCGUGGGUUCCGCUGGUCUGCAAGAGAUCGCCAGGCCAUGGGGGAGUCGACUUGUUUCAUGCAACCCUUCUCGUACGCUUCGGGCCUUCCCAGCGAGCAAAGCGAGGGGAACCCCAUUCAUGCCCUCGGGCAAUCGAUCUCGUUCGGGAGGUUUUUGACGGAUUCGGUCUCAUGGGACAAGUGGUCGGUUUCCUCUCACAACCGCUAUGUCGAAGAGGCAGAGAAAUUCUCUCGGCCCGGAUCAGUCGCGCAGAAGAAGGCCUUCUUCGAAGCUCACUACAAGUCAAUCGCCGCCAGAAAAGCCGCGGCCUUGCUUGAGCAGCAAGCAAAUGAUGCCUCGGCCAACACUGCAAAGCCGAGCUGCGAAGUCGAAUUGCGUAAUCCCACUGGCUAUAAGUUAGCUGCAGAUGUUUCCAGUUCUCAGACUACUCUAGGUGAAUCGCAAGAGGCCCGGGAAGCUAAUAAUGAGGUUGGAUCGGCUAUUGAGGGAAAUGAAAAAUUCUGGAAUGCCGAAGUCAAAGAAAUUGUAGAGGAAAUUAAAGAAGUUAAUAGCCGCAAGGAGGAUGAUGGGCUUGAUCUGGUGACUGAAGUACGGGUUCAUGCUAAUGAUUGUGUAACGGAGGAACCGUUGGGGCAGUUAGAGGAUGUUGAUAACCACGACGAAAUUGAGCGAAGUGGGACACCUGAAAUGGAGAAACCUUUCUUGAAGGACAAUGGGGCUGAUCUAGUAAAUGAACCACAGGUUCAUACUAAUGAUUAUGUAGUAGAGGAUAUUGAUAACGACGAGGAAGUCAUUGAAGUUGAGCAAAGUGGGACACCCGAAAUGGAGAAACCUCUUUUGAAGCAGAAUUCGGCUGAUCAAGAUGUUCGAGUGUCCACAAGCAAGAAGAAAUCAGCAUGCUUCUCAUUAAAGUCAGUGGCGUGCCUGCAAGCAUCUAGUGUUCCAUCGUCACCUGUUAAAUCCACAACAGCAGUAGUUAGCUGGAAAGAGAGGUGUGCUACCCCAACCAGCAGUAAGUCUAAACAAGAUCUUAUGAACAGAACAAGACCGACCCCGAAGCAGCUUCUUCCUGUCAAUUUGACACCAGUUCGAGAGCUGAGAAGGACAACUCCUAUGUUCACUGGGAAGACUGGAAGUUCGAAAAUAGGCAUCAAUUCCUGUAAGCCAAGCAAAGAAUGCCAUACUCCCCUGAAGACUCCUACCAUGGUACGCGCGAAUAGGACACCGAAGCAUUCCUUGGUCACCCCUCAGUCAGCUAACACAAGAACGCCAUGUGAUGGCUCAGCUGUUGAAAGCUUGAAUACUGGCCCUAAGAGGCGUUCUCUUGCCAGAGAUUGUUCAAAGUUCUUGAGCGCCUGCAAGAACAAAUUACAGUCACCCAGCUUAUCUUCCCCCUUUAGAUUGAGGACUGAGGAAAGGGCCACAAGGAGAAAAGAGAAGCUAGAGGAGAAAUUCAAUGCUGAUGAAAAAGAGAAAGUCCAGCCACAAAAAAAAGUAAAGGAGAAAGCAGAAUCAGAAAUGAGGAAAUUCCGUCAAAACUUUUGCUUCAAGGCCAGGCCACUUCCUGAUUUCUACAAAGAAAAAACGAUGCCACUGGCGGAUGGUCAUAUGAAAAAGCCACCAGGGGCUUGUCCUCAAACACCAAAGACAGGAAAAAAGCCAACGACAACCACGCCAGUAAAGAGCACGUCCUUCCUACCACGUCAAAAGCCUUUAUCCAACAACAACAUUUCCAAGCAGGUUCACGGAAAAAAUCAUCGGAUAUUAUUUCCUCAUUCAUCGCAAUCUGCAUUACUUGCUCACGAGAACAGAUCACCGAACAUUCAACUAGGAUAAGAGGAACUUUGUGGUACUGUGUUAAUCUUGAGAGAGCUUGUCUGGUUGCAAAUUCGAGCAACUUAUUCCACUGUAUUUCAUUGGAGUCGAGCUUCAUAAUUGCAUUGCAAAAGUAGAUAGAUGUUAGCUUAAAAUGAGAGAGGCCCGAAAUCAUGCUGAGCUUUUCUGUAAGCUCUAGUUAAAUUAUUCAUAAACCUGCGCGAUUACUAGUA